UAAGACGGUGACUAUAUAUUCACAUAUACUGCCCUUACAAGAAGGAGCAGACGACACAAAGCACGGCCACUGAUUGAACCCAGUUCAAAGGUAAGGUUUGCUCUUGUCUACCGAGUUAAUAUUUAACCAAUGCAUCGGUACACAUGCCGUCCCCCUGCAAUUGCAAUUGCAUUGAGACUAUACAGGGAACUGUUACAGAUACAUGUACAUGUAUGUUGAAUUCAUGAAGCCUGCAAUGUUAGCUCUUUUACAGACAAUCACAGGUCGUAACGCUUUGAUUCUUUCGUCCGUAUGCUAAUUAUCUUGAAAAGAGGCAGUGAUUUCUUGGGAUCUGCACCUUCGCCGACUGUUGCUGUUCAACGAAUGCUGAUCAACACCAUAAUCAUCUGAUAUCAAACAAGUCUUAUCUUUAGGGUUAUAGGUUUCACCUCUGACCAAUCCUGAGAGUUGUCACAGUGGUACCAUCUUCAAGGAUCCUCCUACCAGCAUCAUGGAACUCAAAUGGGAUAUGAUUGUGUUGACGUUAGCUGGGUUGUUUGUCCUCUGGAUCGUAAGCAUGUUCAUGGAGAGUCUAGUUCGUUCUGUAUUGCUACCAAAAGUCAUUGACAAAUACGUGUUAAUAACUGGCUGUGAUACUGGUUUUGGAAGCAUUGUGAUUCGUCAGUUAGACAGACGAGGUGUUCACGUGUUCGCCGCGUGCUUGACUGCUAAAGGUCAGAAAGAGGUCGAAUCAAAGACAUCAGACAGGGUCAUUACACUUCGAUUGGACGUCACCGACCACGAGAGUGUCGUAGCCGCAUUCGAGUUCAUCAAGAAGAAACUGCCGAAAGAUACAGGACUAUGGGGUCUGGUGAACAACGCCGGUAUUGCCAAUUUACCUGGUCUCAUCGAUUGGUGCACGAAGGACGACUACAAGCGCGUGAUCGACGUCAAUCUCCUGGGCGUCAUCGAUGUCACAUUAACCUUCUUACCUCUACUCAAGAAAGCUCGAGGUCGAGUGGUCAACAUCGCUAGCGCCCUCUCGCGGGUGGCCAUGGGAUCAGGAGGAUACGCUGAAUCGAAAUAUGGUGUCCAAGCAUUCUCUGAUACGCUCAGGAGAGAAAGUCGUAUGAUGAACUACGGGAUCAAAGUGAGUAUCCUAGAGCCUGGUUUCUUCAAAACCCAGCUUACCAGCCCUGAGAAGACUAGAUCGGAGAUUAAGAAGAGUUGGGAUCGGUUAUCAAAGGAGAAACAAGCGGAGUUUGAACCAGACAUGCAUGAGAAAUUAUCGAACAUCUCCGUCAACUUCAUGAACUUCGUCUCUUCCCCCAACCUAACCAUCGUAACCAACGCCAUGAUGCACGGGCUACUAGCCCGCUGGCCCAAGACCAGAUACUCAUGUGGACUAGAUAUGAAGGUCAUCUUCAUCCCGCUCUCCUACGCUCCGACAUGGUUCACUGAUUUCUGGAUCGGCCGGUCCACUAUGAAUGACAAAGCACCUGAAGAAAAAAGAAAAGAGAACGAGCUACAGUCCGGCGCCUUUGGAUCCAUGUUUGUCGCUACGAAUAAUUAGUGCCACGGGCAUCAAUACCUGGCGGAUUUUUGUGCCAUAAUAAUUAUAAAUCGCCACUUUUUAAGUUCGUGCCAGCCACAAUUUUCCUGCAACAAUUAAAGUAAUUACAGUAGUUUGAUUGCAGUAAACAAGCAGAAAUAGAAGAAGGACUCAUUUUGUGUACAGAUGGCAAAGGCUGAUCUUCCUUUUACCAAAAUAAUAUGAUUCUUUGGCCGAGCGGGCGGGUGGGGCACAAGUCCCCAAUGUCUGUGACAUACACAAAAAGGCGUCAUCCCAUUCUAGUUGUUUUCUUCCCUUCAUCUUUUUUUUUUUUUUUUUUUUUUUUUUUUGGGGGGGGGGGGGGGGGGGGUCGGGGGGAACACGUACCCUAAUUAUCCCCCUUUCCCCUGCCCGGACCUGCCACUGCAUGAAAUCAAAUUUAAUAUAUGCAAUACGGUGCGUGCAUAACAUAUCGACUUGUAUGAAAACAGGAUGAAUGUGUUAUUGUAAAACUGCAUUCUACAUUCGAUAAUGAUAGAGAUAGUACUUUCUUUUAUAUUUGCUCUUUAUUGUUAUAACGAGA